AUGAAGAAGUUUGUGUCUAGGCUUCUGAAUCUAGAGUUGCUUUCAGAGGUAGAAAUCCAAGACAUUUGUAAUAAGGUAUCGGAGAUCCUCAUAAGCGAGCCAAAUGUCCCAAACAAAAAAACGCCUGUUAUUGUUUGUGGAGACAUCCAUGGACAGUUCUUCGACCUGGUAAGUCUAUUCAGGAUCGAUGGCAUUCCUUCAGGAAAGAGGUAUGUCUUCCUCGGGGACUAUGUGGAUAGAGGAAAAAACUCUCUUGAGUGUAUACUAUUCCUUUUUCUCUUAAAGAUCUUGUAUCCCGAAAAUGUCACUCUUAUAAGAGGAAACCAUGAGCAAUCCACCAUUAAUAGAGUGUAUGGAUUUUAUGAGGAGAUCAUCGAGAAGUAUGGCAACCCAAGGAUAUGGAGGAUGAUCAACGAGGUGUUUAAUCUGAUGUGUGUUGGAUGCCUAGUUGAUGGAAGGAUACUGUGUGUACACGGGGGGAUAUCUCCCAAAAUUAUGUCCUUGAAUCAGAUGAGAAGGCUUGAUAGACUGCUUCCCAUUGGAGAAGGAAGUGAGUUUGCAGACAUUCUUUGGGGAGAUCCAUAUGAGGGGAAAGGCUUCCAACCCAGCCCCCGAGGGAGUGGGUAUCUCUAUGGAGAGGAUGUUGUGAUAAGGUUCCUUGAGCUUAAUGGCCUUACAAGUAUUGUGAGGUCGCAUCAACUUGUAAUAGAAGGCUACAAAUUCCACUUUCCAGAAAGAAAUGUAAUCACUGUAUGGAGUGCUCCAAACUACAUGGGAAAGUGUGGAAACCCCGCAAGCAUUCUGAGAAUCAAUGAGACGUUGGAUGUUUCUGACAAGGAUUUCUGUAUAUUCAAGUCCACGCCACAGAAAAAAGAGUUCCUUGAAAGGCUUGAGGGAUUUGACCUAUAA